AUGCCAGUCUCAGAAUUCGCUUACAAGGAGAGCCCAGAAACUUUGGUUCUAUUUGACGUUGAUGGUACUUUGACGCCAGCUAGAUUGACCGUUUCCGAUGAAGUUAGAGACACUUUGGCUCAAUUGAGAAAGAAGGUCUGUAUUGGUUUCGUUGGUGGUUCCGAUUUGAGUAAGCAAUUGGAACAAUUGGGCCCAAACGUGUUGAACGAGUUCGAUUAUGCGUUCUCUGAGAAUGGGUUGACUGCUUACAGACUAGGUGAAGAAUUGGCUUCUCAAUCUUUCAUCAACUGGCUUGGUGAAGAAAAAUACAACAAAUUGGCCGCUUUCAUCUUGAAGUACUUGGGUAAUAUGGAAUUGCCAAAGAGAAGAGGUACUUUCUUGGAGUUUAGAAAUGGUAUGAUUAACGUUUCUCCAAUCGGUAGAAAUGCUUCUACUGAAGAACGUAACGAAUUUGAAAGAUUUGACAAGGAACAUCAAGUUAGAGCUAAGUUUGUCGAAGCUUUGAAGAAAGAAUUCCCAGACUUGGGUCUAACUUACUCCAUCGGUGGCCAGAUCUCUUUCGAUGUCUUCCCAUCUGGUUGGGAUAAGACUUACUGUCUAAAGCACGUUGCAGACGAUGGUUUCAAGGAGAUUCACUUCUUCGGUGACAAAACCUCUGUUGGUGGUAACGAUUACGAGAUCUACGAAGAUCCAAGAACGAUCGGUCACUCUGUUCAAACUCCAAACGACACUGUUAGAAUCCUAAGAGAACUUUUCCAGUUAUAA